UCAACGCAAGAGUAAAAUGUCCGCGCACAUGGUUGUGUUGUGUUUACAUUUAAAUUCAUACGCUGAUAUAAUAAUCUUGAACAAUUUCUUAUAAUAGCAUCCAGAAUGUCGAGAAUAAUCGUGAAAAAUUUGCCCAAAACAAUUACAGAUAAAAAGCUUCAAGAAUUAUUUUCAACCAAAGGCACCAUCACUGAUCUGCAACUGAAAUAUAACAAAUCUGGUGUUUUUCGACAAUUUGCUUUUAUUGGCUACAAAACAGAAGCAGAAGCACAGGAUGCUAAAGAUUAUUUUCACGAAACAUUUGUAAAUACUUCACGAAUAAAGGUUGAAAUUUGUACCGAUUUGGGGGAUCCUAAUAAGCCAAAACCUUGGAAACAGAAGCUUGAAAAGUUUAGUCAGAAAAUCAAUGAAAGUAAUAAAGAGAUAAAUAAGGAUAAAGAAAAAGAAAAUAAAACUAGAAAAAAGAAACAUGAGACUAUACCAGAAGAGCUUAUGAAGGAUGCACAAUUCAGAGAAUUUUUAGAAGUUCAUAGUGACAGGAAAUCUAAACCUGUCUGGUGUGAUAGUAAUUUUGAUGAUCAAAGUGUGGAUUCUAAAGAACCAGCUUCUGAGCUCAAGGAUGAUCCUGAAAAGGAACUUGAAGAUGAUGAUGAUAAACAAAAAUCCAAAUCUGUAACUGCAAAAGAAUUAAGGAAUACUUCAGAAAAAACAUUUGAUGAUUCAUUUACUGUGAAAAUAAAGAAUUUGCCUUGUAAAUGUAGAAGGAAGCAGAUUAAGGCUUUUUUUCAUCCGCUAAGAAUUGCCAGUCUUCGUCUUCCUCCAAAACAGAAAGGCUUUGCAUUUGUUAAAUUUAAAACAGAAAAAGAGAUGAUGCGAGCUCUCAAUAAAAAUAAAGGAUUUUUAGAUGGACAUCGUGUAGAUGUUGUAAAGUAUGUUAAAAAAGUUGUAGAUGAUGUCAAAGAUAAAAGUGACAAACAGACUGAAAAUACAAAGGAAGAAAAUGAAGAGUUACUUGCAGAGACUGGAAGGAUCUAUGUUCGAAACCUUUGUUAUAGUGUGACUGAAGCUGAAUUAGAGGAGCUGUUUUCCAAAUAUGGUCCAUUAGCUGAAAUUAAUCAUCCAGUUGAUUUAAUUACAAAACAAGGAAUGGGUUUUGCAUUUGUGUCGUAUGUUUUUGCAGAACACGCAGUUAAAGCAUUUUCUGCAUUAGAUGGUACAAUAUUUCAGGGUCGAGUGCUCCAUUUAAUUCCUGCUAAACCCAAAAAAGAGUAUUCUGAUGAUCAAAAUGAAACCAAUUUUAAGAAAAAGAAGGAGUCUAAAAUGAAAGAAUUGAGUGGCAGUUCACAUAAUUGGAAUAUUCUUUUCCUUGGGAUGAAUGCUGUUGCAGAUGUUAUUUCUAAGAAGUACAAUAUCGAUAAAUCAGAACUGCUGAGUGCUGAAUCUCAUAAAGGAUCUGGGGAUUCUGUUGCAGUACGCAUGGCUCUUGCAGAAACUCAAGCUGUGUUAGAAUCAAGGAAAUUUCUUAUAGACAAUGGUGUGGAGUUAGAUGCAUUAAGUCAACCAGCUGCUGAGCGUAGUAAGACAGUUAUUGUAGUUAAAGACCUCCCAGCAAAAACACAAUCACAAGAGAUACAUGAACUGUUUUCUAAAUUUGGUACAGUAGCAAAAGUUGUUGUUCCUCCUUCUGGUUUAAUGGCUCUUGUAGAAUUUGUUGAGCCAUCAGAAGCAAGAACAGCCUUCAAGAAGUUGGCCUAUACUCGAUUUCAUACCACACCUCUGUUUUUAGAAUGGGCUCCUAUCAAUGCCAUGAAAGAACGAACCCCAGAUACAGCUAAGAAUCAAUCAAAUGAGACUGAGGUCAAAGAAGAAGAAACUAAGGAAACUGCUCAGAAUCCAAAUGAUGAGAAUGCUGAGUCAGAUGAUGAACCUGCACCUAAUACUACUAUAUUUGUAAAAAAUUUAAAUUUCAGUACAACAGUGGAAAGUUUAAAAAAGCAUUUUCAACAGUGUGGCCCUAUUCAUUCUGCUACUAUAUCAACAAAGAAAGAUGUUAAAACUGGCAAAUUACUUUCAAUGGGUUUUGGGUUUGUUCAGUUCAAGACAAAGUCUGCUGCUGUUGAUGCUGUUCAAAACCUUCAGUUAUCCAAACUUGAUGGGCAUGCUUUGGAGUUAAAAUUUGCAGCACGAACACUAAAGCCAGCUGCUCCCUCUGGACGAAAAAAGCAGGAAAUAAAAAAACAACUUACAUCAAAGAUCCUUGUACGAAAUAUUCCCUUUCAAGCAUCAGAAAGUGAAGUUAAAGAUUUGUUUAAACAAUACGGUGAGUUGAAAUUUGUUCGCCUUCCAAAGAAACAUGAUGGUUCAUCAGAACACAGAGGUUUUGGUUUUGUUGACUUUUGUACAAAAGUUGAUGCUAAGCGUGCUUUUGAAGCCUUGUGUCAUAGCACUCAUUUGUACAAUCGCCGUUUGGUGCUGGAGUGGGCGAACCCCGAAGCUGACAGUGUUACCGAACUUCGUAAAAAAACAGCUAAAGAUUUCAUCCAAGGUGCUCCGAAGACAAAAGUGAAAAAGUCUAAGCUGAUGGAAGAUGUAGCUUUGGCAUCUGCGCGCUCUCGCUCUGAAGAAUAGCAGAAUUUUUUUGUAGUGUCUAUACGUUCGCAGACUUGUAUAUUUUGAAAUAAAAUAAAUUUUUAUUAUAUUUC